AUGGGGUCUUCUUUGAAUCUCGCAAAGACCCUUCUCAUUCCUGCUCUCAUCUCCCUCGCUCUUUACCUCGCGCUCUUUUAUGCAGUCAUUCCCUUUAUUCGACGGUACCGUCAAAGAUACGCCCAAUAUCUUCCGCUUCACACAAUAUCGGCCCGCACAUCCUCGCUUCGGGAACGGGCAUCCGAUGCCCUGAUGCAUUUUGUGCUGCCAUCCGCUUGGAGGCGAGGACACUUUGUCGAAGGGCAAGAUGACGCCGGGAGCUUACUAGACGAAGAAGGGGAGGGGAUGGUUGGAUUUGAAAUGGACGCUGCACGUAGGGCUGCGCUUGAGAGACGGAGAGACGAUCCUAUGGGAACAGAAGCCCGGCUGAGUCGAGAACUCGAAGAAGGCUUUAUGGAUGAUAGCGAUGAUGAAGCCGGUAGUAGAGAAGCUCAACACCUACGCUAG